AAGCGCAAGCGGCGGCCAGGAGAAGAACGAUAUUAUGCUGUGAGGGCUGGUCGCGUCCCCGGCGUGUAUACGACCUGGAUGGAGUGCCAGGCGAACAUCAACGGAUUUGGAGGCGCGGUUUACAAGGCCUUUCCUACUCGUGAAGAGGCAGCACUCUUUGCAGCCGGGAAGAAUCCGAACCCCGACUCGAACCCCAGCCGCUUCUACGCUGUCGCCGUGGGCAAGCACCCUGGUAUCUACACCGAGUGGGCCGAUGCCCAGGCUGCAUACACGGGCGUCAAGGCGCCCAAGUACAAGAGGUUCGAUACUCGCGAGGCGGCAGAGCAGUGGAUGCAGACAUUUCCCCCCACGACACCUUCUUUCCUUGAUGAUGACGCUCCAGACCGAGAAGAGGACGACGACGAGGACGACGAUGAGGACGAGGACGAUUUCCUGAUGCCCUCUGGCAAGAAGGUCAAGACCGGUAUCGAGCUGUCUCUCGGCGGCAAUAUGGAAUUCGGCCUGGAGGAGGUGUACACGGACGGUAGUGCCCUUUCCAAUGGCCAAGAAGGUGCUGUGGCGGGGGUCGGGGUGUUCUUUGGUGACAGGGACCCGAGAAACAUCUCUGAGCGCCUGCCCGGCGACGUUCAGACCAACCAGCGAGCCGAGCUGACAGCAAUCAUCCGAGCGCUGCAAUCUGUGCCCCCUCAGCGAGGUGUCCUAAUCUGGUCUGAUUCCACGUACGCAAUCAAGUGUGUGACGGAUUGGUUCAUCAAGUGGGAAGCGAAUGGCUGGAAGACACACAAAGGUCCUGUUCAAAACCGUGACCUGGUCGAACUGGCUCUCCAGGAGAUCCGUAAGCGUGACGCCCUCGGCACCAGAACGGUUAUCAAGUGGAUUAAGGGCCACGAGGGCAAUCGAGGCAACGUGGAGGCAGACGGGCUUGCCGUCAAGGGCGCCAACGAG